AUGAGCGUAAUCAUCUCGUUGAUUACGGUUACUGGAUUUUGGAUGCUUGUUGGUAUUGGUGGACCUUUUAUUAUUCCAAAAGGACCAAAUCGAGGCAUAAUUCAAACUAUGAUUAUAUUAACGGCAUGUUGUUGUUGGCUUUUCUGGAUACUAGUAUAUUUGCAUCAGUUAAAUCCAUUAAUUGGACCUCAGUUACCUGUAAGAACAAUACGCUGGAUAUCUGAGAAAUGGGGUGAUGCGAAAGAUCUUGUGUCUUCGUAA